AUCGCUUGUCAUAAUAGUUCAGAUGGUGUCUGAAUUCAAAUUAAAGUUUACGGUAAAAUAAUCAUCCAAGAAACUGCCAUUGAGGAAACACCUGCCGACAACGAAUGUUUUGCUUAUCUCAUUGGUGAUUUAGUAUUAUAGUGGCAUCAUUAUUAGAAUUCAACUGGAUAUUAAACAUGUUAUAAUACCUUGUGAUACUAUUAUUUGCAUUGAAAAAGCUAUAAAAUAGCAGAAAUAUGAGAUUCAUUGUCUAUCUGAGACUUUCCAGUGGAGAUGACAAAUGUUUUCUUUGCAUAUGUGUUCAGAAUACUUCGGUCCCACUAAGCUUACUCGGUAUAUGGAGAAAGAUUGGAGAAGCUGAGUUUAUUCGUACGGUUAAUCCAGGGGAAAAAAUGACAGUGGUACUGGAAUCAAACUAUUUACGUGUAGAAAAUCAUUUAGGAGAGACAAAAUUCCAUCACAUUGAGGUACCCGAAGAUGAUCAGUCGGUAGCUAAAACGAUAAAAUGCCAAAUGCUACAAAUUGCAGAAUUAAACAAAUCACCUUUUGGAAAGCUUAUUAUUGGGAAAUAUGCCAGUAACUCAAUCUUCCAAACAAUUUUUGAAAUCAAACUGGACCUGAAUUUUGGACGCUCUUUUUUGAAAAGAGGAAGUUUGUGGACUGUAAAAAGCCUCUAUGACCUGGCAUUACUGUACGGAUACCUUAAUUCACCAUUCAGAUGGCAUCGUUUUGCAGAGUUGCUUGGUUUUACUUCAAAGGAAAUCCAUGAGAUAAAUGAAACACUCUCACAGUUUGAAUACUAUGAUGAUGAUUCAACUGUAUCACAAUCAAGUUUAAUGACACCUCGAAGAAUAUUUUGCUUACUACUAUCUAAGUUUCAAAAGCUUGGUGGAUGCUUAUCUCAAGUUGCAAGUAUCCUCCAUUCAGCCUCACGAGAUAAUCUAUCACAAUCGAAUAUAUACUUUGAAGAUUUUAAAAUGUUUUCAGAUUGUUAUCACCAAAAUCAUCCAAUGUCUGACACAUACUUUAAUAGUGAGGAGUCCUCAGAGCGAAUUUGUCAAUCUCAAAAAAUAUCUCAUGGUAUCUGUCAUCCGAACCAAUCGAAUCAGAAUAUAACUUUUUCUACUACUGAACAAUAUAAUCAUGUUGAAACACAAUAUGCAAGUGGAGACGAUCAUUAUCAGCCUAAACAAAUUAUAAAUGAAUCAAAAAGAAAGAUAUUUAGAAAUGGUAGUCUAGAUAGAAUGAUGAACUUGAAAAAACCAUGGUCAAGACAUGUUAGACGAAGAAAUAGCUUGCCAACGACUGGUCAACCAAAUGAUCCUGAUCACAUUACUACACUACCCACUUUUAAACUGGCAAAAGAGUUUGAUAAUUUUGUAGAAUUUGGUACACCUAUUAAACGUGCCUCGUCUUAUCUGAAUUCAGAUGAAGAAAUAUCUCAAAUUACACCACAUAAAAAACAAUGUACAAAUAAUAAUAAUGAUAAUAAUAAUAUUGAAAUCCGACAACAAAAGUAUGAAUCUAUUCGUAAACCUAAAAUUGUAACAAAACGUCGAGUUGAUAAGAAUUUACUUCGACAGCGUAGAUCAAAUCAAGCCUUACUACCUAAUCUAUGGCAUCCUUCGAUGUCUUCAACAACGGACAAAACAACUGAACAUAUAUUAAAUGUUGUACAGGCAAAAAUCGAAGAAACUAAACGAGAAACUGAAGCAAUUCACAAGAAUGUCAUAUCAUUUUUGGAAAAAAUACAAUCUCCUGUUAAAAAUAUACCAAAUUUCACUGAAUGUGAUCAGAAAACCAAAGAAACCAAUUCGUUAUUUCUUUUUUCAGAUAGAUCUAUUCAAGAUAACGAUAUAUGGAAUAUUAUUCACUUAUGUAAUAGUACAAAUGCACCGAAUUGGAAAUGCUGGCUUAAAAUAUGUCAUCCUACUUAUAAUGAACUGAAUUCCUUCGAUCAAAACUGGUCGAAAGUUUUGAAUUUUAGUAAAAUUGAUCCACGUUACACAUCUUACCUUAUUUUAUUAAACUGGAUAGAAAUUAAUUCUAAUCCCAAAACGAACAUUAAACCAACUUAUAUGAAUUUAUUUAAACACUUGAUUAAUGAAGGUUAUAAUGAGUUUGUGAUUUUAUGUAAACAAAAGCUUUUCAAUAAUUAUUCCCGCAAACGAAAUUUUAUGAGUUAAUUCAUUUUUUGUUUUACUUAUCUUGUAAAUGAACAUUUCC